UGCAGUCAGUGAACAACUUCAAUUUCGAAGUUGUCAACAAAAUAUUUGCAGAGUUGUGUUUAUAUAGCUCGGUGGAAUCGUGAUGCGACUAUGUGUGCACUAUAUUUCACCUGAAGCGAUUUCGUAUUUGUUGGUAAUAUCGUGAAAGUAUAUUUGUUGGUUGAGUUUAAUAAUGAAAGAUGGAAUUCGAAACGCCGAACAAGCAAACGUUGGUCCGUUUAGUUCGAAAGUGUCUAAGCGAAAAUUCGGAAGGUUUUAUCGAAAGGGAUCAAUUUGUUGAUUUUUGUUCAGAGCUUAGCGUUAGUACAGACGAAUUGGACAGCGUAUUUAACGAACUGGAUAGCGACAAAGAUGGUAGAAUCAGUGUCAGCGAUUUUACUACGGGCUACGAAAAUGUUGCAACGUGUAAAUCGCAUCGUUCGGACGAGACAGUAAAUGGCGUAAUCGGUUCAUUCGAUAAAUCUUUGUAUGAAUGUCAAGUAAGCAGUCUUGAAAGUCCUAUGCAGGUUAUAAGCACUAGCGGUCAACAGUAUAUCUCCGAACUCUACUACAAUCUGACGAACUCCAACCAGCCAGAUCUUCUAGAUCUGUUCGAGAAACACUUGGCAAGCGUUGUUAAGGAAAUCAAGGCCAAGGCCGGAGGAACCAGAGAUUGGAAGACGCAUUGA